GUCACUUCCUCCCUCCUCUCUCGCUUCCAUCUUGCUCCCCGCAUGUGUCUGCUGUUAGUUUACAGGUCAGUGUGGAGCUUUAAAUACCUUCUUCCCUGCACUGUUUCCCCCCGAUCCGACGGCAAGAGAUGAAAGAAGCAAUUAUGAAUCAAGAAAAACUCGCUAAACUACAGGCACAAGUCCGCAUCGGCGGAAAGGGCAGUGCUCGCAGAAAGAAGAAGGUUGUGCACAGAACAGCAACCGCAGAUGACAAGAAGCUCCAGUUCUCCCUAAAGAAACUUGGCGUCAACAACAUUUCUGGUAUUGAAGAGGUUAACAUGUUUACAAAUCAAGGAACAGUCAUCCACUUCAACAAUCCCAAAGUGCAGGCCUCGCUCGCAGCCAACACCUUCACCAUCACUGGCCACGCUGAGACCAAGCAGCUGACCGAGAUGCUGCCGGGCAUCCUGAACCAGCUGGGAGCCGACAGCCUGACGAGCCUCAGGAGACUCGCUGAGGCCCUGCCCAAACAGGCUGCAGAUGGAAAAGCGCCAAUUGCAGCAGUAGAAGAAGAAGAUGAUGACGUUCCAGAUCUGGUGGAGAAUUUCGAUGAAGCAUCCAAGGAUGAGGCUAACUAGAGGAGAUGGGACUCCCCGGAGUGCCAAAACUUGACAGGACCAUGUGGGACACAAGAUGUUAUAAUGUCUACUUUGAGAGGUGGAAAGUUAAUAAAGUACCUGAGAAGAUGGAUAAUCUAUCAACUUUUGGCUGUGAGCAUUCUGUAACAUGUGCAACACCUGAACAAAGUACUUACAUACUUAUAAGUGAAUUAUUUUUGAGUAAUUUUCUAGAAUAGUACUCUGAAGUAUUAAAAACCGGGGUAGCAGUAUUUAAGCAUAAGGUAUUUUAGUAUUCAUUCCACCUCUUCUUUGCCACCAGACUUUCCAAAUGCUUGUUGUGCUCUGUGGUCCAGUUAAGAGUGAGAGAUUGUGUGUAAAAUGUGGUGUUUAAGGCUCCUGCUGUACUGUUACCCCCCUUUCCACCAACGAGAAAUGAGUGCUAGUUCUGAGCUGCUGCUAAUGCUGGUUCAGAGUUUGUUCAACCUGGGAACCUUCUUAGAACUGGUUUGCUUUUCCACGGGCCAGAGAGCCAUGUCAUUACGUCACUGUGUAUCUGUAUAAGCCUCUACGUUAGCAACACUGUUAGCAUCAAACACAGAAACAAUAGCAGACUACAUUCUCUCUUUGAUGUCACAUCCAUACUGAAUCUUUGGUUUUUCUUAUUCGUCUUUGGAUUAGGCCGACUGGACGCUAAGCUAGCUCUGUUUUUCUUUUUUCAUAACUGGCAGUCACAGGGUUUUUGUUUGUCUUGUUGGGCAUGAUAAUCCUGCCUCCAGCCCCUGAUGUAAGCGGUCUUGGUUUUAGACCAGCAAAGUGUUGGCUCCUCUCUGGAACCAGUUUUCCUGGUUCCAGAGAGGAGCCAGUUGCCAGGCUGUCAAAACAUGAAGAACUGGUCCAAGAUAAGGCACCAGCUCCGAAGUGGUCCUUGAACUGCCUUGGUGGAAAAGGGGUAAUCAUGUUACUGAACCUUAAUUCUAUGUGGCCUCGCUAAAACCACCAUAUCUGGAAUAAACCUUUGCUACUGUCAAUAAAUUACCAAAAAUC